ACUGAAUACAUCUGUUCAUUUUGAAUACAGGUAUCUUCCCGUUCGACGCGAGGUUGUGGCUCGAUCGUUGCUAGGGACUGGUACGCGGAGCUCCCAGAUACCGUUCGCCAUCUCAUGGACGAGGCGGGGUUUGGACCUUUCUGCGCGGGGCUAUCACGUUACCCUGCGAGCAGGACCUUGAUGGGGGCACUUGUGGAGAGAUGGUGGGACACCACCAACUCUUUUCACUUCUCAGCUACCGGGGAUAUGACGAUGACCCCGUUCGACUUUGUGAUGCUGACUAGCCUUGAUGUGGCCGGCCGACCGGUCCUCUAUGACGAGGAUAUGGGCGAGUGGAAGGCUGCCUGGAUCUAUCUGUUGGGAGCUCACCCACCGAUUGACCGAUCUUCGGGCAGAGUCAGAUACACUUGGUUCCCCGUGCAGUAUAGGGGGAGUACGCCUGAGACUUUUGAGGAGAUAGAGCAGUACGCUCGAGGUUUCUUGAUGUUCCUUCGUGGGACCACUUUGUUCUUCGACAGGGGGAACAUUGUUAGACUGUAUCUGCUCAGUGCUUUGGUGGACCUGUCACAGGUCAGCCAGUAUGACUGGGGUGGCGAAGGCUUUGCUACCCUCUACUAAUAUAUGAGUGCAACCUCCCGCGGAUGGGGGAACAUAGUUGGCUGCUACUGGAGAGCUUGGGAGCUAUGGGUUUACGCAUACUUUCCGACGCUAGCCCCGGAGCUUGAGGUGGCGGUGCCUCUUGUGAUCUCUUAUUCUCACGUAUUUGAGGGCCGAUGCCGGCCGAGGGUUCGGGAGACUCUGCCUUACCUGCGGCAGUUUUUUGACACAGUGCGGGCGACCGAGAUCACUUGGCAGCCCUGGGCGCCCUUGGGAGGAGACAUCCGUUUUCGAUUCCUUGGGGGAUGGUCCGCUUCUCGAUAUAGGACCUUAUUUGAGGGGCCAGUUGGCAGGGCCUGGUUUCUAGGAGAUCGUUUUUUAUGUCAGACGCUGGGCCACCCUGAUCAGGAUAUCCCUUUAGCACCUCUAGAGGACAUGCGGUCCACUGAGGAUCUCACUCCCCAAGGGGUCGAGGUCGCUAUAUUGGGUAAUGAUGUUAUGUUGUUCCUGGAGGAGGGGGAGUACGCGACCUACCGCCAUACGUACUUGAUGCCUCCACUGACGGGUGUCUGUACUCCCACGAGGAGGGCUGCUGGUACAUCACUGUCGAGUCGAGUUUGGGCUGCAGAUAUGCCUUCGACUAGUAGGGCCGGUACAUCAAGGAGUGGGGCUAAACAGAUUCCCCCGAUUCCCCCGACUUACCAGCAUGCUGGGUGGCCAGAUCUUCCGACCGAGCUGGCAGGUUGGCGGUACAGGACAUCCUAUCCGAUUCCAUUGGAGCCUCCAUUGCCCGAUCACCGAUACGUCAGAGACCCUGACUCACCAUCGUAUACUUUACAGUUUUGAUUUAUCACUCAGAUAUUUGGACAUUCAUUCACUGAUGACUUGCACUUGCAUCUGUAGCCUCCCAGCGAGUAUUGUGACGGGUUGCUCGGGUUGGUGGCCUCACUCGAGGGUAUGGUCUUGCGGAGAGAGACACAACUAUUCAUUGCCGGUGUUACGAUGCCACCGCUACAGGCUGGGCUAUCCAGGCCCUCUCGAGGAGCUGGGAGAGGGGACUCGUCUCGCAGAUAAGGCAGGCGCAGAGCACCCGUCAUAGAUGACGAGGAGUCCAGUGAGGAGGAGGAGUCUGCGCAUCCUCAGUCAGAGACAUCUGUAGGUAAAGAGGAUGACUCUGGAUUCGGUUCCAAGGGCGGAGGUGAUUCCGAGGAGCGUUCCAGGGAUGAUGGCUCCGAUUCAGAUGGAGACGCCGACGAUGAUGGUGCAGAGGUGGCUCAGCCGAAGAGGACGAAGAAGGCCUCUGAGUCUUGCGCUUGAUAGUAUCAAUACGGAUGUUCCCACUUUAUUUUCUUGCUUUAUUUUCCUUUUUACUAGUAGUUGCAGCACAUUAGCUUAGGCAGCAGUUUCAUUUUCUUUAAAACUUGUACCUUGCUGUAAGAUGUUGUAAAAAGAAGAUAUGAUGGAAUGAA